AUGAGCGACAGGGAGGGCGAGACCUUGGCAAAUAUGGCUGCUAGGACAAGAGGAGCAAGAGGAGCAAGAUUGACGUCGUGGGGAGCUGCCAAUCAAUCAGUUAAGCGGGCUCCUGACGCAGCAGCCACUCAGGCGGACAUUGCUGGUGUAUGUCAAGAGGUGGCUCAGCUUAUCCAGCAGCAGGCACAAACUGCUCUUCGACCUACAUUAUCUACGAAGUCAUACUACGAGAGAUUUAGAAGGCUCAACCCACCUCUAUUUGAGGAUGGAUCUGAUCCAAUGGCUGCAGAGACAUGGAUUCAAGAUAUGGAGAAGAUGUUUGAUGCCCUGCAAUAUCCUGAGAAUGCGAAGGUCGGAUUAGCUGUUCCUAUGUUAAAAGGAAAUGCUGAGUUUUGGUGGACUGCAAUAAAAGCUGCUUAUGGGAAUAAUGAUGAUCAGCUCACUUGGGAAGAGUUCAAAGAGAUAUUUUAUAAUCAGUACUUUCCUAGGACAAUGAGAUUGGUAAAAGAAAAUGAGUUUCUAGCCUUAAAGUAA